AUGACAUCAAUCAAAUCCUUCCUCACGUUGGCGCUGGCGCUCGCUCCCACAUCAGUCCAUGCCGCCUUCCCCUUCUCUAACCCCGGAACCCUCAGUGGUCCAGACGCCUGGGACUACGUCCGUAAAGAGCACAAUGGGAACGUCGAGCAAGUCACCAACGUGGUCUACAAAGGCACCACGGCCCUCAAGAUGACCCAGAGCUACGAUCCCUCCUACACGGGCCGCUAUCACUCCGAGGUCGACGUCAACGACGGAUACAAGCGCGGCCAGGAGCGCUUCUACGGCUUCGCCUUCCGCCUCUCCGAAACCUGGCAAUUCCAGCCGCAGUCCUACAACAUCGCGCAGUUCAUUGCCAACCGCCCCGGCGCGGGCUGCGGCGGCGACAACUGGAUGCCUUCCAGCAUGCUGUGGCUCGACGGCGACCAGCUCGCGUCGCGGAUCGUAAGUGGGCAGUAUCGUCAGCCGGAUUGCAGCCGGAACAUCGUCAAGUACGAGAACCUGGUAGCGGUGUCUCGUGGGGUGUGGCACCGGGUCAUCAUUCAGGCGAGGUGGAAGAGUGAUGGCACGGGGUUUUACAAGAUCUGGUUUGAUGGCAAUAAGGUGUUGGAGAAGUAUGAUGUGUCAACUACCCUCAAUGACGACAGCGCCUUCCAGUUUCGUGUAGGUCUGUAUGCGAACAGCUGGUAUGACGACAAGACAAUGCUGGGUGAUCAGAGCUUCCGCCAGAUUUGGUUCGAUGAGAUUGCUGUUGACUCGACCUACAUGGCCGUCGACCCGGCCCAGUAA